AUGGUAGGGGGAUGGCCGCUCAGAGAGUGGACAGGAGAGGCACCAGAGCUCACGCGAGAGGCUCCACCGCCUUUCUCAGGAUUCCUCAGUAGGACUGGGGAAGGGGGGCUGGCGAAGGAGGUGGCAGGAGGCAUCCCUAAAGAAGGAAGGAAGAUCAAGGAAAACUACACAGGAUUCAAGUCAGGCCGUGAGGAUGAAAGGUUGGAGAGCCUUGCUUGGCUUUGGGUCACCAAGAGUCCAUGCCCUGCGGGAUGGGAGGAGAGGGCCUCCCUCCUCACCGCCAUCCAAUGCGGAGAUACCCUAACCUCGCGUAAGGAAUAA